AUGUGCCAGCUCUGGGCUUGGCACCGCUCCUGCGGCACGCACAGCGCCGAGCCGCACUCGCUCCCUCUCGUGUGGCAGAGAUGCUUCAGCACUGGCUGCACGCUGAGGCUGGGGGUGGACUCCCUGGCCGGCUUCGGCUGCCCGGUUGGGGGGCUGGUGGCGGGCAAGCCCCGGGUGCUGUGCCACGAGAACGAGAUCUACCUCUCCAACGGCAGUGAGUUCGUCUACGUCUAUGACCAGGAGGGGAAGGGGCUGAAGGCCGUGUACCGGUGCCCCGACCAGGUGUGGCACGUGGAGCUGUUGCCCCAGCCCCGGCAGCUCUACAUCCUCUGUGCCCACAGUGGCAUUUACUGCGUCUCCCUGGACCAGCAGAGUAGGUUAAUGGAGCAGACGGAUGGCGACGGCCAAGAAAGCAAUUGCCCUUCCGGCGUCUUCCCUGUGGACUCAGACGCCUGCAUCUUCCCAGACUCCAGCCUGUGCAUGUUCACUCUGCUCAACAACUUUGUCAUCACCUUGUCCCAGGCUCACGGCAAAUGGUGGAUGAAACUGCACGAGCUUCCGCACCCCGAGCAGGAGAGUCCCCCGUACCGGCAGGUCAGCGAGGUGGGCUUCUGCCCCGGCCCCCAGCCCGGGGACGGGGGGGAGGGCUGGCACCGCGUCCCUCCCGGCACCAUGGCGCACGUGGGCCACAGGGUGGACUACCUGGCCGGCUUCUGCUGCCCGGUUGGGGGGCUGGUGGCGGGCAAGCCCCGGGUGCUGUGCCACGAGAACGAGAUCUACCUCUCCAACGGCAGUGAGUUCGUCUACGUCUAUGACCAGGAGGGGAAGGUGCUGAAGCCGUACCGGCAGGUCGGCGGGGUGGGCUUCUGCCCCGGCCCCCAGCCCGGGGACGAGGGGGACGGCCCGCCCUCCCGCUUCCUGCCCGUCCUGUGCUGCGCAUCCUCCCCAGGCACUGUGGGAUCCGGGGAAGGGCUGUGGUGCUCGGGGGGCUUCGUGCUGGAAGAGCCCCUCUUCAGCCUGCUCUUUGGGAUUGAUGCUGCCAUGCUGGAGUCUCCUAUGAUCCUCUGCGGCUUCCCGGACGGACAGCUCUGCUCCGUGCCACUGAAGGCCCUCAGUGCUUCGCCGGCUGUCGACGGCUGCCCCGACGGUUUGGAACAAAACCCCCCCUCCGCCGUUGACCUGGACUGGGUCGGCGAUUCCUCCGACCCCGAGGAUGCGGAGAGUUGCACCGGCGUCCUGCCUCCUGUCCUGUCUCCAGCCAGUUUAAGUAUCUGUAGCGUUGUGGCUCUUUCCUUGUCUUCUCGGGCAUCAGAAGGUGCUGCCGGCAGCGGGGUGUGCGCUGUGUCUGCCAAAGGCCGCCUCAUGCCCUGCGGCUUAUGCAGCCCCGAGGACGCUGACGUGGGGCUGACCCCCGCUGAGGCCGGCCGGAGGAUUAAGGAGCUGCUGUCUGGGAUAGGCAACACCUCGGAGAGAGUUUCCUUCCUGAAGAAGGCGGUGGACCAGAAGAACCGAGCCCUGGCCAGCCUGAACCAGGUGAUGAACGUGAGCGCAGCUUUGCUGUCCAGCCAAGAAGGCCAGAAGCCCAUUGCUUGCACUGUCACUGCCAACUGGAGCUGCCUCCUGCUCCAAGACACCGUCACCAUCUCCUGCCUGCUGGAGAACUGCAGCGAGUACAGCCUGGAGGAGGGCUGGACCCUCUGUGUUCAGCUCAUGGCCAGCCCCUGUGCCUUAGAGGAGGAGUCUGUGGAUUCAGCCACCACCUUCACCUUCCCCAUCGACCAGCUCCUCCCUGGGAACAAAAGGGAGCUGACGCUGCCCCUCGGCUCCGCUGCGGACACCAAGCUGGACCUGCCUCUGACCAUCUCCUGUGCCCUCUACUACAGUUUACGGGAUAUUUUGGGCAGCGGCUCCGACUCCUCCGAGGCCCUGGACGAUCUCCUGCCAGAUGCCCCGCCCAUCCUCUCCCCAGACAGAGAGGGGAUCUGCCUGCCCCUCAGCGAAUGCACCAUUGACAUGCUCCAGUGCCUCCGUUUCGAGAGCAGCCCCCCCAAGAGCCUCCCCGCCCCGGGGCUGCCCCCCCUGCCCCCAGACCCUGUGGAGACCUUCCUCAAAGUAUCCCGGGAGCAGACUGAACCCGAGGGGGUGAAAGCCAGUGAGCUGCCGCACGCCCCAGGAGAGGAAAACCUGCCCCCCUCGGCGGCAUCCAUCAGGGUGUCCUCGGAGCUGCUGAAAAACGCGCUGAAAACCUCUGACUCAGAUGUCCCGCUGAGCUGUGCCACGCUGCGCUGGCUGCUGGCUGAGAACGCCGGGGCUGAGGCGCUGAGCACUGGGGAGGUGGCAUCGGUGCGCGGUGCGGCACCGGACGGAGGCGAGGUGCAGCUGCUUGUCCGAGAGGUGGCCAUGAACGACCUCAGCCCGGCUGGCCCCAUCCAGGCAGUGGAGAUCCUGAUGGAGAGCCCGUCCCUGGCCGACAUGUGCAGGAUGCACCACGCCGUCAUCCGGCGCAUCCAGGUACGCUCGGCCGCUGCCGCGGGGCUGUGCCACCG